AUGAAAAUAUAAAAAGGAUUAGUUUUAUUACUUGCACUGCAAAUACUAAGCGUAUACUGCCAGGUUGAUGAAAUAUUCAUUAAUAAGGCCGUUUAUAAGUAGACACAAGCAAAUGAUUCUAGCUAUUUCUAGAUUAACCUGGAUGAAAAGAUUCCUGAUUUAGAAUUAACAAUAAUCGCAAUAGGAGUUGAUAAAUAUAAUGAACCAGAGAUAUAACUUUUUAUUGCAGAAUAAGGAGAAGACUAUAAAAAGGCAACUUAAAGAACUCCAAAUUACACUUGCUCAAGAACUCAGAAUAACUUUUGUAUAAUACCAGAAAAAGAUAUUGUUUUUACAGAGAAAUAUACAAUUUAUGUAAAGAUAAGCUGUGAUUUAUAAUGUGCUUACUCUCUUGAGGCUUCUUACACUAAAAUGAGACAGUUUUUCGUAGACACUUCAUUUUAAUACCGCAAAUACAAUCAAGACUAUAAUGAGCAAAUGACUUCUUUAUCAGGUUGGUUCAAUGUUCCUAAGGACAAAAAUAUCAUUUAGAUUAGAAUAAGUGCUUAUGAGUACUUUGCUAAUAGCUAAGCACUUCCUAUAACUAUUUUAAUGAAUCCAGGAAAAGAAGGAGUUAGUGGAAAUGAUGCUAAGUACAAAUCAGAUGUAGGUGUUCUUAAUUCUGCUAUAAUUACUUUGCAAGAAAAGGAUCUAAGAAUUAAUGACAAUUUUAGCUUUUUAGUUCUUUUCCCUUAUCAUUCUCCAAUUAUUAUCAAAAUUGAAAGCUAUGAUGGAGGAAUUGCUAAAUUGCCAAUAAAUUCUUUCACAUAAUAUGAGUAAAACGUAAAUGAAAACAUGAUUUUCUAGAUAGUAAAUCCUGCAGAAUCUCCAGAGAGAGUAGAUCCAACAAACAAAAGUCUAGUUAUAAAUAUAUUAAGCUAAGAAGGAUAUGGUUUAAUAUCACUUGCAGGAGAUAAGAUUCCUCAGCAAGACAGUGAUUAUAUUUUAAGUACUCGUGAACAUAUUUUUGAGUAGAAGCUAGUACUUACAUCCUAAAUGAGAAAAGAUCAUAAUUUAGGUGAUGAUUUAUUUUAUCUAUAAGUUAAGCCUAUUAGUGGAAGAAUGAUUUAUUUAAUAGAAGUGAGUUAUGAAUUUGAAAAUCAGCUUUAGAUUCAAGAUUUAGAGUUUAACAUUUAAUCACAUUAUGUAUUAGAAGGUAGUAAAGCUAAUCACUAUAAAAUUAUUUUGACAGGUAAUUUUACCUUCUAAAUUGAUCUCAAAAUAGUCUAAAAAGAAGGAAAAUCUGCUGUUUUAGUAAAGAACUGUAGUUAACAGUUAGCGAAUUGUACAUUAAGUGAUGAUCAAGUAGCAACUAUAGUAAAAGAUUAACAAUAUCUACAAUAAGAUAGUGAUGUUAUUAAAUAUUCUGAUAAUAGUGAAUUUCACUACAUAAGCUAUUAGAGUGACCCAAAUAAAUGCAGUAAUAAAAAUGGAUUCAUUGUAUGUAUUUAUUAUAUUGCAGUGAUCAAUUAUGACAAGCAAGACUACAGAUACAUGAUGCUCGCAGAACAUUCUCAAAUCACUACUAAAAUAAAAGAUAAUGAAAUCUAUUAUGGAGGCAUUUUACCAAAUUAAUAUAAGUACUACGAGUAUUAAGUACCUUCAAAAAAUAUUGAAAGCAAUCCAAUUGAAUAUGUCAAAAUAGUCCUUAAUUCACCUUCUUAAAAAGCUGUUAUUGGUGCUAAUAUCUCUUCAAAAAGCUAAUCUAAUAGACCAACCCUAAAUAGUGUAGAUGUUUUCUAAAACUCUAACUUCUUAUUAAUUAGAUAAUAAGAAUUUGGUGACUUAAGUGGUUUAAAAAUUAACUUUUUUAUAUAUUCUGAUGAAUUUGCAAUUUACAAUGUUCAUGUAACAUAUCAUGCUAAUUAAGAGGCUUUGAAAUUUAAAUAUUUGGUGCUAAAUAACAAAAUUACAGAUGUUCUUGAUAGUUAUGAAUCUAGAGGUUUGUAUAAAAUCUUUUUGUGGCUUUAGUAAGAUUUUAAAUCAGAUUUAAAGAUAGAGUUAAAGGCUAUUGAAGGAUAGUUUUAUUUUUAGUACUGUUAAUAAGAAAAAGAUCAUUAACUUUUAGAUUGCGUAUAGUCUUAAAAUAAUAACUUAGUGAUACCAUUAAGUUAGCUUAAGGAAAAUAUUUUAGUUUCUUACGUGUAGGUAAUUCCAUAAAUCAUGCCUGGUGCAGUAUCUUAAUCUCAUUAAACGCUUUAAUAUUCUUUAGGAAUGUAUUUAUCUUAUUAUGUAAUAGAAUUAGACAAGAAUAGAGCACAUUCUUUCCAAUUAAAAUUAGAUGAGUUUUAAUAUUACAAAAUAAAUAUUAGUCAAGGUGAUAUAAUAAAAUUUCAAAUGACUUCAGACAAUGAAACAAUUGAAGGGAUGAAUGCUGUUGCAUAUAUUUCUUUUGAUUAUUUAUCAAUUUAUAAACCUAACCCAGAUAACUACAACAAAACUUUGUAUGAGAACUAAGUGAUUUAUAUUGAUUAAUAGCAUACACAAAAAAUUUGUGAAACACCUGCUAAGUUAGGAAUGAAUUGUUAUAUUACUCUAAUGUUUAUAGCUAAAAACAAGAAUACGUAAAUAACCUUUAGUGCUUUUAAUGUAGAACACUAGAUUCAACUUCAUGAGUUUAUGGUCCACAAGUAAGAAUACCCUGAUUAAAAGGAUUCAUAUCACAAAUAUUACUACUUUUCAAAGAGAAACUCAACUACGUUUUUAGAAACUUUUAGUCCCUUGGCAGAAUUGGAAAUAUAUAUUAAUUUUGUUAAUGUUUAACAUACUUUCUUCAAUUAUACAAAAAUUGAUUCCCUAUAUCCUACAAAAGCUUAACAUAAUUAUUAGGUUAGAUAGACUGGAGAUCCAUAUUUAAAAACCUUAGUGUUUGACAAUAACUUAAUGGAUGUAAAGAAUUCUGAAUGCUAAGGCAGAAAUGUAUGUGUAUACCUUAUUGCAAUAAAAUUAGCUGACGGGUAUUACGAAAAAAACUUCAUUGAUGAGUAUUACAGAGUCAAAAUGUUUAAUUAAGAAAUCUUAAUUUAGUCUAAUCAAAGAAAUCUAUACUAAAUAAGAAAAGAAUAAAAUCUUUACUUCAAAUUUUCAAUCGAUCCUAAAGAGGAGCGUUACAUUCUACAUGUGAAUCCUAUUGGUAUUUGCGAUGUAGAAACAGUCAUCCUAAAAAUGGGAUAACAACAACAAUAUAGCUAUACUGAAAAAGGAGGAAGCUUAAUAGUGAUAGAUUAAGAUAAUGCCUUUGAAGAUAAAUAAAUAUAAGGAGAUUACUUAGCUACGGUAACUACUAAAGAUCCAUUCUGCUAAUUUUAUUUUGUUGCAUAUGGUACAUCAUACUAAUAUGUCAAAAUAGAAGCAGGGCACUAUUUCCAUACUAAUUUAGAAAUCAACCAAUAGCUCUUCCUUGAAUAUCAAGAUAAUUCUCCUACUUCUUUUAGAAUAGAAGCCUCGGUAGAAGAAGGUUCCAUAAAAAUGGGAGUUGAAUCUGAGAAAUACAUAAUUUAAUGGAAUCCUCAAAAACCGAUUAUAUAAUACGGAGUGAAUAAUUUAAAAGAUACAAAGAGACACACAAUAUUUUGGGAUAAGGAAAAACAUCCAAUUUGCACAAGAUGUAAAUAUAUUAUAGCUGUAUAAGCAAUUAGAGAAACUAGUCUUUCAAUUGUUGUUAAAAAUGAGGAAACCUAUACAAAUUUACCAGCUUAGAGAAUGUUUAGAGUUGAAUCAUUAAAUAACACUGUUGAUCUAUUCCACUUCUAUCCUCAUUCUUAAAAAUUUAGUUUAUAAGUAACAUUAAUUAUUGGUACUAUUUAAGUAUAUGGUAACAAAGGUUUUACUAUUACACCUAAUAAUUUUAAUGCUCUUUUCAAUUUGUUCUCAGUAUACACAAGCUAGGAAGUUACUUUUACUCCAUAAACUUAUGGGCCUGAUGAUAAUCCUGAAGAAAAUCACUCUAAGCCAUAUAGUUUCGCAGUCAAAUCUAUGAAGGAUAGUGUUUAUGUUAUUUCAUUUUAAUCUAAUGACAAAAUCAUGCACUUAGCAAGUGGGCUACCUUACUUUAAAUAAUUGGAUACCCUAAGCUAAUUAGAGUUACAAUAUAAAUCAAUUUCUAGUGGAUACUUCAAAAGUACUGAGUUUACAAUUUACUUACUUAAUGAUUUCUACAAUCAAGGAAUCAAUUAAAAUAUUCAGAGUAUAAUAUAAGAGUAUAAUGAUUAAAAUUAACUUUAAAAUAAAACACUUACAUGGGAUGAUUUUUAUCCAACAAUCACAAUCUAAGAUAAGAAAUUUAAUUAAGGAUUUAGCAAAACUAUGCUCUCUAAUUCAACAAUUCUUUUCCAUAAAGAUAGCAAAGUUGACACUUACACCAUCAAAUUUUCCUAUGAUACAUAAGGCCUGAUAAAGUUGAAUGAAGCUGUGAGAUUCUACAUAAUUCCACACACAGGUAUUCAACAUUUGCUUUAAGGCUAGCUGAUUUAAAAGUUUUCUCUAUAAGGCUAGUAUGACAGCUUUGAAUUUUAUGCUGAAGGUAAGCAUGAGAUUGUUAUAGAAUUAGUGUAGUGUUUUGGUUAGUCUAUUUUAGCAGUAUCAGAUGAAAGUACUAAUUCAUAUGGAGCUCAUGAAAUUUAAGUCAUGGCUGAGCAUCCAAGCCUUUAUGUUUCUAAAAUAGAGUCUGGUAGGACUGAUACCGAGAUUUAAUUAGGACACAUGAGCUACUUUUUAACCAUCCAAAAUUUGCAAAUGUCCUAGUAUCGCUUAAGAGCAAGUGUUUAUCCAUCAUAAACUAGAUACCCAUAUUAAAUAUUCAAUAGUGGAGAUUUCUUUACUUUUAGUUACAAUUAAAAAACAUAAAUGUUAGAUAUUUCUUUUGAUGGGCUUCAGUGUUACUUUAAUUGUGACAGUAAUAUCUUUACAUUAGUAAAUGUACUUUAUGUAUUCGAUUCUGAUUAUUAUUCACCAAACGCAGCUUAGGGUAGUGCAGUUUGUGGUGAUGCUUUAUUUUUCUAAAAGCAUCUCCAGUAUGUCAGUUAUAAAAUCAAUAAUAUCGAAUCAGUUUAUAAUAACACAGCGACAGGCAACUAAAUAAAUCAUAAAGGUUUAACCACAAGCAUAAAUAUCAAUAAAAUAUUAGAUGAUACUGCAAAAAAAUUGAAAGUACCAGAAUUUUACAUUAGUUUAGUAGGAAAGGCUUAGUUCUUUAAUAGAUAAUCCUAAAGACUAGAAUCUUUUUAUUUCCCUUAUAAAUCAAUAACAAUAAAUGUAGAGUGGAUUGAAGGUGAAAGAAAUAAAAGCUCCAAAAUUGCUCUCAUAAUUGGUUUGGUUGUAGGUGGUAUUUUAGUAUUUGGACUCAUUGGAUAUUUUACUUUCAGAUGGUACAGAAAAUCUAGAAGAAAUAUAUCUUUUGAAGUGCAUGAUGCUCUCAACACUUCUAUUUCAACUCAACCUCAAAGGGCUCUUCAAGCUAAUCUAAAUUAAUCUCUUGAAAUGAAAAAAUAUAAGGAAAACUAUUCACAAUUCAAAGAUGAAGAAGACUAAGAAGUUUGA